GCCUGGAAUGCGGUAGACGGUGAGCGAACGGGACUUUUAUGGAAACUUGCUACGGGGGAGACGUAAUUUUACCCAAACGGCAUUGAGCCUGGUCAAGUGGUGGUUCCAGUCCGGUCCAUGUAGCAGCUUCGCUCCCCUUUUGCUCUGAGAACUUCCGCGGAUUAACCAGCUCGUCCAGAAGACCCAUCCCUGAGAGGUUCUAAACUCAUCCCCGGAGCAAGGUUAAACCAGCAGCAGUCAUCUCAGUCUAGGGAGAAAGCAGUCCUGUUUUCUGGCGAGGAACGUGGCUGAAAGCAAUUAAACUGAAAUCAGAUCCCGUAAGAGCCAGGAGCGACCAUGACUGACGUGGCACAGAAAGCCAAGAUUCUUCUAUCUACAUCUAAACCCGUUCAUAAAUCAUACGUGCCAAAGCUGGCAAGGGGUGAUGUUAAGACUAAGUUCGAAGCCAUGCAAAAAGCGCGUGAGGAAAGGAGCAAGUGGAGAUCCGGAGAAGAAAGGAAAAGGAGAAAUGAACAGUAUAAGAAGGAGAAGGAAUGGACAAAGAUAAAACAGGAGCUAAGGGAACUACUUGCUUCAGACGAUGAAGAAGAGAACAAAUCGAAUGAACUGAAGAAGGCAUAUGUCCCCAAAAUGACAGGGACCGUCAAGGGCAAGUUCGAGGAAAUGGAAAAGGUAAGGCAAGAGGAAGAGAAGAAAAGAAUGGAGGAAGAGCGACAGAGGAGGAUUCAUCAGGAUAUCUUGGAGAAGAGGAAGCUACAACGUGAACUUGCAAGAAAGGCUGCAGAGGAAAAGGAGGAGGAGGAGACAGAGGGCCCAGCUGUCUGCAAGAGUGAAGCCAUCCCUGGGAAAUUAAAACUCAGCUUUGAAGAAAUAGAGAGGCGAAGACAGGACGAGGAAAAGAGGAAAGUCGAGGAGGAAGCAAGACGGCGCAUUGAGGAGGAAAAGGCAGCCUUUGCUGAAGCACGCAAGUAUUUAGCUGAAGAUGAGGAAGAUCUACCCAGUCUCAGCAUGGCUCAGAAAGACCCAGCACGGCCUGGGAAACUGAAGCUCAGCUUCGAAGAGCUGGAGAGGCAGCGGCAGGAGGAGGAACAGCGCAGAGCCGAGGAAGAUGCUCGCAAGCGCCUGGAGGAAGAGAGGAAACAAUUUGCUGAAGCUCGCAGAAACAUGAGUCCUGACCAGGAUAGCAUUCAGAAGGAUUAUGCAAGUUCACACAACGAGGAUUAUGGACCUGAUGAAGUGUCUGAUGAAGAACCAACUGAUGCCAAGAGAACAUCUUUGGAUAUCAAUGAUGUGCUCUGUCCAGGCAAAUUGGAAAUCAAUUUCGAAGAGCUUUUGAAACAAAAGAUGGAGGAUGAGAAAAGGCGGACGGAAGAGGAGCGAAGGCAGAAACUGGAACAGGAGAAACAGGAAUUUGAACAACAACGACAAGAAAUGGGAGAGGAUGAAAUCAAUGAGAGCACUGAAGUUGUGAGUACAGAGUAUGAAGAGCUGAUGAGGCUAAAAAGAACAGGUUCCAUUCAAGCCAAAAACUUGAAGUCGAAGUUUGAAAAGAUUGGCAAGCUUUCCGAGGAGGAAAUACAGAAGAAGAUCGAAGAUGAAAGGGCCAAAAGGAGAGCGGAGGACCUAGAGAUAAAGGAAAGAGAGUCUGAACGAUUCAAAGAGGAAGAAAUAGAAGAGGUCACAAAGGAGCCCAAAAGAGAUGAUGCUCCAUUUACACACAAAGUUGAUAUGCGAGCUCGCUUUGAGCAAAUGGCUAAAGCAAGAGAAGAUGAAGAAAGGAGAAGAAUUGAAGAGCAAAAGCUUCAAAGGAUGCAAUUUGAACAGAAAGAAAUUGAUGCAGCACUGCAAAAGAAAGGGGAUGAAGAGGAGGAGGAGGAAGGCAGCAUUGUUAAUGGAUCAGCCUGUGAGGAUGACAAUGAUGAACUCAUUCGGUCUGGCGCUCCAUGGUUCAAGAAACCCCUUAAGAAUACAUCCGUUGUGGAUGGAGAGCCUGUAAGGUUCACUGUGAAAAUCAUGGGAGAACCCACACCAGGGGUCACGUGGUGGUUUGAGGGUGAAAUGUUGCAAGACUGCGAGGACUAUCAAUACAUUGAAAGAGGAGAAACUUACUGCCUUUACCUCCCUGAAACCUUCCCUGAAGACGAAGGAGAAUACAUGUGCAAAGCUGUCAACACCAAAGGAACAGCUGCUAGCACUUGUAUUCUCACCAUUGAAACUGAUGACUACUAAAUCUGCUGGAAUUUCCUUUCUGUCUUCAACCUUUACUACAUCCAUCUUUCCCCUAUGACGGGGCCAAAAAUUUUAAAA